AAGCGAGAGGAGCAUCCGAGCAUUCGUUAACGACAUCCCUGUGGCGCACCCAGCCACCCGAGCUUAGAGUCUGAUUCUCAGUUUCCUUCGUUGAAACAACCCGCAUCAACCUACCUUCGCUCCAUCACCUCACCCCCCACAACCGCACAAUGCGCUCCUUCAGCCGACUCGCGGUGCUCGCUCUGCCGUUGCUCGGCAGAGUGGCCUGCGAAGAGGCCGCUUCGCCGACGAGGAAAUCGGAGAAUAGCCCGAAACCCGUGUACGCGAAUGCCCACGAGGCUUUCCAAGAUCUGCUCAAUGCCCUGCCCGAGGAGUCGCUGCAUGUCGCGCUGAACAGCCUGACGCACUUCAAAGACGGGAUAUUCGAGUCGGAUCGCCAGGGCGUCGAGCGCGUGCAUCACGAUAACGCGCCGCUCGCCACGAAGCUCAUCGUUGCAGCUGUUCAGGAUCUGAAGAAGAGACAGACCCCGCCGAGCAACGGCACGACUUCGAGUGCGCCUCCUCCACCGGAAAGCACCAGUCAGGCGCCCCCGCCAGAGAGCAGUGAAGCACCGCCGCCAGCUAGCAGCGAAGCACCGCCGCCAGCGAGCAGCGAGGCCCCUGCACCGCAGAGCAGCGCGGUCGUUGUGCCCGUCCCAAUUGCGACGACCACGGACUCGGAAGGCCAGACGGUGGUCGUGUCGAGCGAGAUACUCAGCCAACCUACAGCCUCUGUCGCCGUCGCCGUAACACGGACGAACGCCCAAGGCGAGACCGAAGUAACCACCGAAACCAAACCCGCCGUGAUCUUCACCGCGACCGACACCGCAGGCUCGGCCUUUUUGACUACGUCCGCCGUGGACUUUGCGCCUACCCCCGGCCAAGUCCUGACUAAGACCGAUUCGAGAGGGUCCACCUUCUUCACGACGUAUACUCCGGGCGGUGGAAAGGUGUCUAGCAUCUUGCUGAUCACGACAACGGGAGCAAACGGUGAACCUAUGGUUAUCACGAGCUACACAUUUGUCGAUCCGGCGCAGGCUACGGCUACAGAUGCGAACGGCAAUCCCGCUCAGACAAACACGGGAAAGCCCGGACUACAAACCGGUGCUGCGAAUAGGAACUGGGCUGCGGAUGCGGCCUUGGUCGGCGGCGCCGUCGGUGGUGCCUUUGCGUUCUUGAUAUGAUCUCCCCAUCCGCGAAGUCUGCAAAGAGAAGGACUGCUGGCGCGAAGUGGUAAUGGCCCCCUCCGACAUGUUUGUUGGAAGAAGAAGAAG